GACCUUUUUAUGGCAAUAUAACAAUCAACCCCCAUCAAUUGCCAAAUUAAUCAGCGCCCUUUGGCAAAAUGCGUUCUCUUGGUCUCAACGCCUUUGCCGGUAUUCUUUUCUUUCUCGGUAGUCUCCAACUUGCAGCGACUGUCGCGGUUUUUAUCGAGCCCUAUGCUAAAAUUGCUCAAUUCCGAGCCACAGUAAUUGUACCUAAAGCACCAACAAUCCUUCAAGCCACUGGGAUCCAGUCAUUCUGGCCCGCAUUAGAGCCUGCAAACAGCAAUUCCAUCUUGCAAAUCGUAUUCGCUAAUGAGGGAAACACGGUAGGACGAUGGUCGUUUUUUGAGUAUUUCCAACUUGGAAAUGCAUCGGCUGGAGGUGAAAGAAUUCAUGGGAAGAAUAUUAAUGUUUAUCCGGGAGAUCUGAUCUCGAGUGGUUUCAUCUCGAUAGAUGGGUCUGAGCAGUGGGGAAGUCCGACAAAUUCCUCUAAAUGGUAUGUUAAUUGGGUUGUUAGAAGAGGUGCGGAGGGAUUAGCGAACGGGGAAAUAAAUUUCAUGGGCAACGAAACGCUCGAUCUUUCACCAUAUCCAGAUAUCGGAGACUUCACACAAGCCACCCUCGCAACCGAACUUAAUCGCGCCGCAAAGUGGGAGAUAGGUCCGCUGGAUUGGAAAAAUGUUCUCAUUCAAAUCGAAGGCACAAAUACGGAUUGGUGUAGUGUUGAUAAACUUAUACUGAGCAAUGCUACUCUUAGUAAUAUAGAAGCUGUCAAGAUAUAUCCGUCAAUUACAGGAAUGACUUGUUUUUUCACGGGGUUUACUGUUACGGAUUCUACGGCUGUGGCGUAGGACUUUGGGAUACUGAGAUAUUGAGGACGAGAGGAGUAGUGGGGAUAUUCUGCUGGAUGUUUCUGGUUCGGAUGAUAGCUUCGGCGUGUGGGCGUAUGGGAAGUUCUAAUCUAUCA